AAUCAGUUGUGUUAAACGUUAUAUCAAAUAACAUUUCACUACAAUGAUGAAUAUGUGAUGAUAUUGCACAAUGGACACUCUGGUCUUUUAAGUCAAUAACAUUCAUUUUAUCAUCUUUGUCUUAUUUGGUUCUGGAUAAAGUAGUUUCAGAUGGACUAAAUUAGUAGUGAAGAACAGAAAUCAUGGACAUGUUUAUCAUACUGACUGUCCUUCAGAUGUUAUCCUUGAAUGAAGCAUACAACUUCACCUGUCCAUCACAGACACACUGGAAUUUUCGGGCAAACUCAACCUGUAAGCCUCAAAGAAAUUAUACGUGCUUAUUUGACGUAACUUUUCGAGUAAAUGUAUACAGAGAGAGAUGUAGCAGACCUAGAAUUUUAGCGCCUGGUUAUAAAUACGUCUUUCAGCCUAACUUGAACAGAGCAACAUGUAGUGUUACUCGAUACCAGCCUUUCAUUUUUGAUACAAUUGGGAACAGUGACUGUACCUUUCAAAAAUCUCUUUGCAACAGUCUAGGUCAGGAGACGUAUGAAAACGGUAACACUACGGUCGAUAUAAAAUGUAUGUGUAAUACCGAUAGAGGAUAUACUUUUGUCAUGAACUCGACAAACCAAUGUUACUGCAAUCCUUCAACUGACGAUUGUUCCUGUUAUCUCGGAAUAUACCAAUACAACAAAACAAUUGGACUGAACGAUAUGAAAUGCUACGAUGACACGAAAAGGACAGGAAGUCGUUACUUAGGAGAUAGGUUUAAUAUAUCACGGAAAAUAAAGAUCAUUGAAUUUGACAACUACAACUACAACCUAAACUAUUAUAAUUAUCACAUCGAAGCAUUUCAAUGGGUUUUGACAUUGUCUUUAGCAUCCUGCGUUAUUUGUAUUAUUUUACUGAUAAAUCGGCGACGAUUGCGACGAUGUACCCAAAUUCCUAGUAUUUUGCCAGAAGCCAUUAACCAAUUAUCGGAAUGGGAUAAAAUCAGAUACAAUAAGCUAAUGCAAACUGAAAAAACAGAAAAGAGGUAUUUUGUAAGAAUUAUGAUAGUCGGCAAGGAAUCGGUUGGAAAAACGUGCCUCUUGAGAAGAUUAUUGAAAGAAGACAUAUCUGAUGUUACCAGUACAGAUGGUGUUGACAUUGUCGUUCGUAGAUGCAAAAUCAACAUUGAGGAGGGAACAUGGAUAAUCGGAAAAGAAAUUGAUGAUGAUAAGGUGAGCCGUAUAAAGAGAGCACUUAAUUCAAACGCAGAGGACACAGACACUCAAAAUAUGCCGGUAGAUGAGAUAAAGAAUACAAAUACAAGUAAAAGUGAUGAGAUGUCUACUGAUAAAAAAGACACAACCGACGCAAAGGUUAGCCUGGAUAAUACUAAAGAUAAAAAUGAGUCUUUAUCAUGGAUAAUACGUGCGGAUUUAGCUUCUGAAGCAAAGGUUAAUCAUGAUAACAAUAAAGAUACGAAUGAGUCGGCAUCAUUGGUAGUGCCAGAGGAUUUCACUAGCGAAGCAAAGGUUAAACUGUGUAAUAGUAAAGAAACGAAUAAGUCUUCAUCAUUGGUAAUGCCUGAGGAUUUGAUGUCUAAUGUGUUUUCUAAGUCAACUGAUAAUACUCUUUUGAACCUUUUUGCAUUAUGUGAAUUAUGGGACUUUGCAGGACAAAAAGAAUUUUAUGCUACACAUCAAGCAUUUUUAACUAGUAGUGCAGUAUACCUUGUAGUUGCAGAUAUGAAGGACGACAUAAGUAAGCAAGGCUUAAGUCAGUGUUUUGCCGAAUUUCAGCAUAUUGGAGAGUAUGUUGAUUUUUGGUUUGAUUCUAUCCAUUGUCAUCGAACGAGCGACAUACGACGAGUCAGUGAUCGGCACUUUGAUCCUCCGAUUGUAUUAGUUUUCACUGGAAAGGAUAAAUAUGACGAGGCAGAUUUUAAGAAGAGAGAAAAGGAACUCAAUGAUCAAAUGGGCAAGGUACUUGGAUUUCAAACCAAAUAUCAUCACUUGCACGACAAGUUUUAUCUAUCAAAUACGAAAGACAGUGACGAAAAAUUUGAAAAGUUGCAAUACGCAAUUUACGAGACUGCACGGAAAAUGGGAAAUUGGGGUAACGCUUUUCCGUUAAAAUGGAUUCUUUUAGAACAUCUGAUUGAAAUAAAUAAGAACGAUGGAAAAAAUUUCAUUCAUUUUACAGAAAUGUCAAAUAUGGCUAAACAUCCUGAUAUCAAUAUUAUAGAAAAAAAGGAUUUGUUGAUGUUUCUCAGAUUUCAGCAUAACGUAGGGAACAUCAUUUUUUUUGAAAAUUUACCGGAUUUGAUCAUAUUAAAGCCUCAGUGGUUAGCAGAUGCUUUCCGGUGUUUAGUUUCAGAUAGAGUUGCCAACAGAAGAUUGCAUCACCUGGAGGACUGGACACUGUUUACACUACAAGGCAAAAUAAGUGAUUCAUUAAUAACAGAACUCUUCGAAUCAAAAGAUGGAAGUCAGUUUUCAGGACAAAAAAAUAAUUUGAAUAAAAUUAUGGAAAAGCUUGAUAUAUUGGUCAAAAUUGAGAACUCCAGUUACUAUAUAAUGCCAAGCAUGAUGCCGUCUUCCACGUUUGACGAUGUAUGUGAAAAAUUUGGCAUUCUUGAUGGAAAAUGUAAAAGGACUUCCUGGCUUUGUUUUAAAUUUGACUUUCUUCCACCAUCUUUCUUUAACCAUAUAUCUGCAUGGUUUAUCAGAACAUACUACUCUAGCAAAGUAGAGGGUGGUAUUGCUUUAUAUCGUGGCAUAUGUAUGUUUGACAUUGAUGGAUCUGGUGGUACAAAGAUUUUGGUUACCAUGUCGACUGAUACAAUUGCUCUUCAGGUUGUGACGUUUUCCGAACAACAUGAGGGAUUUGGAAGCACAUGUAGCGAUAUAUACAGUAAAGUAACUCACCUUAUUGAAGAUAUAAAAGAGAGAUAUAAGGUGAAAAUAUCUUUUAAACUAUAUUUUAAAUGCAGUGAUGGUUGUUUUUUCAAAGACACAUUUGAAUAUGAGAAACUGACAGUUGAGAAGGAGUGUUUCUGUAUUCAGCAUAAGCAAAUGCAUCGAUCUGAGCAGAUAUAUUCGCACUGGAUGAACAAUGAGGUUAAAGUGAUUCCUGACAGAGCGAAACUAGACACUAAGCAGGAUGACCAACAUCCAGAAAAUGAACCUAUCAAAGAAGAACCAUUCACUCAGGAUCAAGAAUCUGUCAAAAUCAACCUUCCUGUUUCUGUCAGUUUACGUCAACAGUUAAAUAUAAAACAGUCAACGAAUGAAAAUCUACAAAAUACUAGCUGUCUCAAAACAGACAAUACAUUAGUGUUUACCGACUACAGAAAUCGACAACUUAUUAUUUGUAAUUCAGACGGUACUGAUAUCCAUCACAUUCCUCUGUCCUAUACACCGUGGUUUAUGACCGUGGUAAAUAUUAACACUGUAGCAGUAUCAUGUAGAUAUGACAAAACCAUACUGAUAAUAAAUAUAUCUACAGGUUCUGUCACCAGUACAAUCAACACCAGUGGUCGCUGCUACGGAAUAUCAUAUAAUGAUAAUAACCUGUACGUUGUUACUGAUAGAAAUAUAAUACAUGUGAUGGACCUGACAGGUAAAGUAAUACGUACUAUACCUUUACCUUCACACCGUAUCGCCGACAUUACAGUAGACCGAGACAGGUUGGUCUAUAUAGACUUUAAAUCAAUAUACUGCUGCUCGUUAGAUGGAAAAUUAAUUUGGAAGUUUAAAAAGGAUACAAUUCAAGAUUUACGUGGUGUAACAACAGAUGAUGAGGGGAAUGUGUAUGUGACUAAUGGGAGGACACACACUGUAGUAGUUGUAUCUGACGAUGGUGAACAGUAUAGAGAAAUUCUUACUAAAUCAGAUGGAUUGGAUAGGCCGUUUGAAAUUUAUUUUGACAAUAAAGAAAAUAUUCUACUUGUUUGUAAUAGUUAUGACGGAAAUGCUUUUCUAUUUGACGUGAAAAAAAACUAUCAUAAAUGAACAUGAAUAAUUCUUUCAGACAAUGAGUUUAUUCGGACUCGGAUCUGUUUAUGCAUUAAGUCAUUUAAACUAACUUCUAUUUAUUUGUGUUUUCUUUACUAUCAAUCUAACUUAAUACCUGUACAGCGGUAUUCCGUAUUCAAACUAAACACAAUAUUAACAACUGUGAUAUGUAAAUGUUUUGUGUGAUCAACGCUUAAAUUUUAUGUGUGAUAUCAAAUCAACUUUAUAUGGAUAUUUAGAGAAAUGUUGGAGACAUGUUGUCUUUGAUUCAUGUGCACUUUUUAUAUUUCAUUAAAUAUUUUGAAACUGCAUAAAAAUUGUUUCAGAGGACAUUUAAAUUCAAGUCAUAUGUAUGUCCUCAAUAUUUUUUUUAUUCGAAUUAAUUUAAAUAUUCUAUAUGGAUGUGUAGAUUGUAAAUAAAAUCGGAACAAAUUAAGAUUUG